AUGCGGUGGUGGAACGAGGUACAAGAUGAUGGGACGACUCAGUGGAUAUUCGAGAGCAGCCCCGAGGCGGACCAGCGCGUGAACGCGUACGACAACUGGUUCUUCUGGAUCACAACUGGCGCGAACUGUGUGACCUGGGUGGUGCUCCUCUUCCUGAACUUCCUGUCCUUCAAGUACUUGCCUAUCACCCUCGCUGGAGUACUGCUCUCCGGCGCGAACUUCCUUGGCUACUUCAAGUGCCGCCGCGACGCCCAGCAGAAGGUAACAUCCUUCAUGCUCUCCCAGGCGGCGGCGCGGCCCCAGGCAGCCGGGCAUGUCGCGUCCUUCUUCAUGGGGGGCGGUGGUGGCAACAACACGAACGCCGCCAACGGCGGCAGCAACGCGAACCAGUAG